CGCGCGGGCACAGGCUUUCCUCGAUCGCGGGGAGCGCCAGGGGCGAAGGGAUCGCCGGGGAGAGGGACCGGAGAGCCGCGCCCGCCGCGCGGCGCGCCCCUUCCCGCCCCCUGCACCAUGAGCUGGGGCACCGAGCUCUGGUCGGUGAGCAAUUGUUCAUAUGCAAGAAUAUGUCGGUGAAGAGUGUUUUAAAAAGGCACUGCACCGAAGUAUCAGCCUUUGCUCUCUAGUGGAUUAUAGUUUACUAGAGAGAAGGGAACGGACACAUAUUUGCCCUAGUGAGAGAAGUGCAACGUCUUGAGUUUUAAGGUGAACUACCAAGAAGUGAUCAAUUUGACAACUUAGAAAAACACACACAGUGGGGAAUUGAUAUUCUUGAGAAAUACAUCAAAUUUGUAAAGGAAAGGACAGAGAUUGAGCUCAGCUAUGCAAAACAACUCAGUUAUCUUUCUGUAUAAGGGGACAUGUCUGCAUUUCUGUUCCAGGAAUCUUUCAAAGAAAUACCAACCUAAAAAGAACUCAAAGGAUGAAGAAGAAUACAGGUACACGGCAUGUCAAGCCUUCCUCUCCACGCUGAACGAAACGAAUGACUACGCCGGGCAGCACGAAGUGAUCUCCGAGACUAUGACCUCGCAGAUCACUGUGGAGUUAGCACGCUACGUCCAGGAGCUGAAGCAGGAGAGGAAAUCGUACUUUCACGAUGGACGAAAGGCACAGCAGCACAUAGAGACUUGCUGGAAGCAACUCGAGUCGAGUAAAAGACGAUUUGAGCGGGAUUGCAAAGAGGCUGACCGAGCGCAGCAGUACUUUGAGAAAAUGGAUGCUGACAUAAAUGUUACAAAAGCAGAUGUUGAAAAGGCACGACAACAAGCUCAAAUACGUCACCAAAUGGCAAAGGACAGCAAGGCAGAUUACUCAUCAAUUCUUCAAAAAUUCAACCAUGAGCAGCACGAAUAUUACCACACACACAUUCCCAACAUCUUCCAGAAAAUACAAGAGAUGGAGGAAAGGAGGAUAGUGAAAAUUGGAAAAUCACUGAAGAAGUACGCGGAGCUUGAUCAGGAGGUGAUUCCAAUCAUUGGGAAAUGUUUGGACGGAAUAGUAAAAGCAGCGGAUUCAAUUGAUCAGAAGAACGAUUCCCAGCUGGUAAUAGAAGCUUAUAAGUCAGGGUUCGAGCCUCCUGGAGACAUUGAAUUUGAGGAUUACACUCAGCCGAUGAAGCGCACUGUGUCAGACAAUAGCCUUUCGAAUUCCAGAGGAGAAGGCAAACCAGAGCUCAAAUUUGGUGGCAAAUCGAAAGGAAAAUUAUGGCCGUUCAUCAAAAAAAAUAAGCUUAUGUCCCUUUUAACAUCCCCCCAUCAGCCUCCCCCACCUCCCCCUGCCUCUGCCUCACCCUCUGCUGUUCCCAACGGCCCCCAGUCUCCCAAGCAGCAAAAGGAACCCCUCUCCCAUCGCUUCAACGAGUUCAUGACCUCCAAACCCAAAAUCCACUGCUUCAGGAGCCUAAAGCGUGGGACUCAGUCUUUCUGUUUUCACAAAGAACUCAUGAAGAGGACAAUAGGGAAACCCACGUAUGCUUUUGAAGCUAGGGACUAUGUUCUUUCUCUCAAGCUGGGUGCGACACCAGAGGAUUUCAGCAACCUCCCACCGGAACAGAGAAGGAAAAGGCUGCAGCAGAAAGUCGAUGAAUUAAAUAAAGAGAUGCAAAAGGAGAUGGAUCAAAGAGAUGCCAUAACAAAAAUGAAAGACGUUUACCUAAAGAAUCCUCAGAUGGGAGACCCAGCCAGUUUGGACCACAAAUUAACAGAAGUCAACCAAAAUAUAGAAAAGCUUCGAGUAGAGGCUCAGAAAUUUGAGGCCUGGCUGGCUGAGGUGGAAGGCAUACUCCCGGCUCGCGGCGAGCAGGCCCGCCGGCAGAGCGGAAUGUACGACACCCAGAACCCCCCGGCCAUCAACAGCUGCGCCCAGGACCGGGAGAGCAGCCCGGAUGGCAGUUACACAGAGGAGCAGAGUCAGGAGAGUGAGGUCAAGGUGCUGGCCACGGACUUUGACGACGAGUUUGACGAUGAGGAGCCCCUCCCGGCCAUAGGCACUUGCAAAGCCCUCUAUACAUUUGAAGGUCAGAAUGAAGGAACCAUUUCAGUCGUUGAAGGAGAAACACUGUACGUCAUAGAGGAAGACAAAGGGGACGGGUGGACCCGCAUUCGGAGAAGCGAAGAUGAAGAGGGUUAUGUCCCCACUUCAUACGUCGAAGUCUAUUUGGACAAAAAUGCCAAAGGUGCUAAGACUUAUAUUUAAUACAACUUAAAAAAAAAACCUUAAAAACAUGGAGUUAUCUCUCCCCACAACCACUGACUGUUACAGGCAGUUCUUCAAAAGACUGGAUGGAAAUCACGGAAGUUGUCCUAUAACCGCACGGUGGACUUUUAGGCAUCUUACACCUGUAUGUCCUUGGCUAGUUCUGACUAAUCCAGUUUCACUUGCUGAUGAAAUUUUAUGUGGAAGGCUGCCAAUUGCCAAUUUACAACUCUCAUUUGAAAUCUGAUAAAUACUUCUUCUUUUGGCAGCAUCUGUAGAUAACAACCCCAAAAAGUUGCCUUCUAGCUGGUAAUCAGGAUUUCUGAACUUAAAAAAAUCCACACACAUCACAGAAGACUUCAAUUUUCUUUCUUAUAUCUGGUGUCUGCCAUGAGUUGAACUGUCUUAGAAUGUUACAUUUUGUAACUUUUACAUUAAACUAUGCUAGUUUGUUAAAUUUUACAGUCAUUUGCUUUGGAGGCAGUCGUAAAUAAAAUCUCCUCCUCCUUGAGUAAAUAAGAAGGAGAUUUUUACAAUGAUACCAAACAUAGCUGUUCUUCCCUAAACACGUUUAAGGUCACUGUUAGAUCAUCAUGCUUAUCCUAUGUCGACUAUAUAAUCCCACGCAGCCGAUGGAAAGCUGGAGGAGUUUGGUCAAGUCGCCAGUGGAUUUUCAGAUAUGACUCCCACUGGCCCCUCCACCGGGUGACCCAGUUGAGCAGACACGCUAGUCCUGCUCAGAGAAACUUACAAUUAAAAACAGUGCACACGGUUCCGGAGGAGGGUUUGUGGCAGGUGGGGCUGUAAACAGAACCUGGUGCAAUGGCAGCUGCUUCUCCACACAGACUCCAGCACCCGUGUCCCUUUCCAAAGGGCUUUAAAAAAGAAAAAUCACUGGCGUCUUUAAGACCCAAAGUGUGAAUUUACUGAAAACUAAUUUUAGAAUCUCUAGCUUAUUUUAUACAAUUAACCAUAGCCAGAAUAAAAUCAAGGGUUUCACCGUCUCUACAGGAAUCUGGGUUGCAUGGGGAUUUGCCUUCUUCAAAGGGCAAGCUAGGCGGUGAAACACGUAGAGAUGGGUACCAAGCCCAGUGUGAGAAUCUACUCUGUGGUCACAGAGAGCCAGCCAGGAGCAGGUCAGAAUACAGGUGCUGGGUUGAGAAUCCUUUUAUUUGGCUUUGAAAAUUAUUUAUUCAUGUCCUUCCUACUUUGUAAGUUUCCUACUAAAUAUGAAAUUAGCUCCUUGCUUCUACAUUGUUGCCCCUUACAAGCUCAAGUCAAUUUUAAGCUGAUUUGAUAAGCAGCACUUCAGGGGUACAGGACCCGUAGAGUUAUGGGGUGCUGGCUGCAGAUUCUGGCCAAAAGUUCCCUUACUUCCCCAAGGGCCACCAGUGGAAUUAGUGACCUUUAGCUAAUGAAAGCCUCAUUUUUAAAUGGUUUUUGAUUUUAAAAUAGUUGUAGAUUCUUGAUCAGUUGCAAAGAUACUACAGAGAGCCCCCAUGAACCCUUCAUCCAGAUUCCCGCAUGGUUACAUCUGACAUGAUUAUAAUACAAUGUCAAAAGCAGGAAGCCAACAUUGGUCAGCCUGAUUUUUUUUUUAAACAUUUCUGUUGCAAUAUUACACCUUUGCUGAUAUAACACCGAUCCUGACCCACCCCAGAAUCACUUCCGUCCUCCUGUUGCACAUCGCAGCAGGAAAAUCAGCUGACCCUUAAACCACAGGGAUGUGUUUUAAUGAGCAGUAGGCGGUCACAGCUUUAGUCAGGUAACCAAGUGAACGGGAGACCCAAAAUAUGAAAAUCUAACCUUUCUAUCUGAUGAUGAACUCAUUUCCAGACUACGAACUAUUGGGGAAAGCAAGCAAAAUCCUGAAAAAUAAAACGGGGCCACACAAUACUAGUCUGUUAAAAACCUCCCUUGAGAAGUAUGGCUUUCCCUGAAGGGGUUUUUUUUGUGUAUUUUGUUUUAUCUUUUCUUCAGAGGUCUGCAAAUUUGAUUCAGAAGAUAGCUCAGCUGGUUGGUAAGGGUGCGGUGGGGCAGUUUGGGCGUGGAAGUUCAUGAUCAUUCCUUUGCUGCCUCAGUGCCUGGACCAGGUCAAUCUAUGUACUAGCGACUUGGGAGGGAGAGAGAGUUUGUACAGUUUUCAGUUGCAUCUGGUCAGUGCAAGAAGUAUCGAAACAAUUCCUGAAGAAUCAGACAUUCCCAUUUCCACUCAAAAUACACUUUGUUUAUCCCCCCACCAGUUAUCUGUUAACAGAAGCAAAAGACCCAGCUUCUUGAUAAACUUUUCUCCUUUUAUUUGAGAGACACACUUAAUAACUUACAUGUGGAGGCCUUUCUUCCCUACCUUGUUUAUAAAUCUGUCCGCAAACACCCUGCUUCACCCCUUAAGCCCAUCACAGUCGGGAAGGCUGCUUCCUGCCGCCCCAAACCCAAAGCAGUUGUUUUAUUUUCAUAAUGCCAGUGCGCGCGGGUGUGCGUGUGUGUGUGUGUGUGGUAUGCUGUCUACGAUGUGACUUUUUAAUGAUUGCCAAAAUAUUUAGACUAGAGUAACUUCCAGUUGGUUGGCCAACUGGGUUGUGACUAUCAUCCCUUAUGGGUUUGUUUUUUGAAUUGCUGUCUGUUGAAUAUGUCCAUAACCAUCCCCCCAAGAUAUUGGUAUAUACUGCAAUCUAAAAACUAAAAGGAUUACUUGAAUUCGUUGUUCUAACGUUUUACUCUUUUAUCUCUUUGUUUUAUUGGUGAUUGUGCUGCCUAAUGACCUUUUUGUUUUUGUGACCGCCGGGUAGCCGGAAGGCUGUUCCGCGCGUCAGUUUAUUAUAGACACUUGGGUUCUGAGUAAGUUUUGUUCGAAUAUGGCCACCGUGACUGUUUCUCGCUGUUCUUAACCUAAAAGAUAAGAAUCUGUCAGCACCUUUUAGCUGUAACUUCGUUCUGCCUCUCCAAUAAACGGUAUAUUUUUCUCA